AUGGAAAGAAACCAAACCGUCCUCUCAGAGUUCCUCCUGCUGGGUCUGCCCAUCCAGCCAGAGCACCAACACCUGUUCUAUGCCCUGUUUCUCACCAUGUAUCUUACCACAGUCCUGGGCAACCUCAUCAUCAUUGUCCUCAUUCAACUGGACUCCCGGCUCCACACACCCAUGUACUAUUUUCUCAGCAACUUGUCCUUCUCUGACCUCUGCUUUUCCUCUGUGACUGUUCCCAAGCUGUUGCAAAACAUGCAGAGCCAAGUCCCAUCCAUCCCGUAUCGAGGCUGCCUCACCCAAAUGUACUUCUUCAUACUUUUUGGAGAUCUGGAGAGUUUCCUGCUUGUGGCCAUGGCCUAUGACCGCUAUGUGGCCAUCUGCUCCCCACUGCAGUACACCAGCAUCAUGAGCUCCAAGCUGUGUGUGUGCCUGGCAACCCUGUCCUGGAUGCUGAACAUGUUCCAUGCCCUGUUGCACACCCUGCUCACUGCAAGACUAUCUUUCUGUGGGAACAAUGUGAUCCCCCACUUUUUCUGUGACUUGUCUGCCCUGCUGAAGCUGGCCUGCUCCAACACUCAUGUUAAUGAGUUAGUGAUAUUUAUCAUGGGAGGGUUAAUUAUUAUUAUUCCAUUCCUACUCAUCACCGUGUCCUAUAUCCAGAUUUUUUCAUCCAUCCUCAAGAUUCCCUCUGCUCAGGGAAUCCAUAAAGCUUUCUCUACCUGUGGCUCUCACCUCUCUGUGGUGUCGCUGUUCUGUGGGACAAUCAUUGGCCUCUACUUAUGUCCAUCAGCUAAUAAUUCCACUGUGAAGGAGACCGUCAUGGCUCUGAUGUACACGGUGGUGACUCCCAUGCUGAAUCCCUUCAUCUACAGCCUGAGGAACAGAGACAUGAAGGGAGCCUUGGGAAGAGUUUUUCAUAAGAAUAAAAUGCUCUUCUGUUUUUCAUGGUAG